AUGUUUAGACGUUGCUUCUCUUCCACCUCCGCUGCCAGGAACUACGCUUCUACUAUCAACAACCUCAAGGUGACCUCCGAGACCAAGGUGAUCUACCAAGGUUUCACUGGUAAACAAGCCUCUUUCCACGCUGCUCAGGCAAUUGAGUAUGGCACCAAGGUUGUUGGUGGUACCAAUCCCAGAAAGGCAGGUGAGACCCAUCUUGGUCUUCCUGUGUUUGCUACUGUUGCCGAAGCCAUAAAGGAGACCGGGGCCUCGGCCACUGGAAUUUUCGUUCCUCCUUCCAUCGCCGCUGCUGCCAUCGAGGAGGCCAUUGAGGCCGAAAUCUCUCUUGCCGUUGCCAUCACCGAGGGAAUUCCCCAACACGACAUGUUGAGAAUUGCCCAGAUCCUUAAGACCCAGAGCAAGACCAGAUUGGUCGGACCAAACUGCCCCGGUAUUAUCGCUCCAGGCCAAUGCAAAAUCGGUAUCAUGCCUUCGAGCAUCCACCAGAGAGGUAGAGUGGGUGUUGUUUCCAGAUCCGGUACUUUGACAUACGAGGCCGUCAACCAGACUACCCAAGUUGGCUUGGGUCAGUCUUUGGUCAUUGGUAUGGGUGGUGAUCCAUUCCCAGGCACCAACUUCAUAGAUGCCCUGACUCUGUUCUUGAACGAUCCUGAGACCGAGGGAAUCAUCUUGAUUGGUGAGAUCGGUGGUGAGGCCGAAGACGAUGCUGCUGAGUUCUUGAAACAGUAUAACUUGACCAGAGAGGUUCCUAAGCCUGUUGUUUCAUUCAUCGCUGGUGUGACUGCUCCACCAGGAAGAAGAAUGGGUCACGCCGGUGCCAUUGUUUCCGGUGGUAAGGGUGAUGCUGCCUCCAAGAUUAAGGCAUUGCAAAGUGCCGGUGUUAUCGUUGAGGCAUCGCCAGCUAGACUUGGAAAGGCCUUGUACAAGGAGUUUGAAACCAAAGGUCUGUUGUAA